AUGUGCGAGUUAAUCAAGAUGUCCAGGCUGGAAGCAAGCCAAUUGAAGCCUUUUAUAAGAAAGACAACAGGUCAGUGAUGUUAAACGAAACGCGAAGCCGAAAAAAGACAAAGAUGAAAUGUGCGAGUUAAUCAAGAUGUCCAGGCUGGAAGCAAGCCAAUUGAAGCCUUUUAUAAGACGUGUCCAGGUCACGCCAGAGCCAUCCUGUAUUGUUGCAAGUGACAGACAGCUCAACGAUUUAGUACGAUUUCGUACAACACAGUUCCUUCCAGCGUCAGUGCUGUGUAUAGACACAACAUUCAAUAUUGGUAACUUCUUUGUUACCCCUACCACCUACAAGCACAAAAUCCUGGUUGACAGGCAGUACGGAAAGGAACCUACAUUAUUGGGGCUGACUAUGAUCCACAUGCAAACAAAGGCAGAAAGUUACAACUUUUUCGGUUCGUCGAUUGUCUCCCUCGAUGAUGAGCUAAGCAACAUUCUGGCGAUUGGCUCCGACAGGGACGUUGCACUGAGGAAGGGAUUUUCAUCUUGUUUCCCGAUCGCUACAGAGCUCUGCUGCAAAGGUCACCUGGAGCAGGAUAUCCGACGUACGAUGAGAGAUCUAGGAAUCGGCCAGUUUCACGAGAAGUUUUUUUUGGAAGAUGUAUUUGGUUCGGAGGCAAAAAAAGAACUUGGCCUUGUUGAUGCUGUCAGUCGCGAUGAGUUUGAUGUUGUCCUUGAAUCGUCAUAUCCCGUAUGAAGAAAACGCGAAUUGGAGGCUAGGCAGUUAACCAGUGAGGAAAGUACCGAAUUUUACAGCUACUUUGUAAACUACGUCACAGAGGACAUGAAAAGCAUGAUGAUCGCCAGUGUAAGAAAGAAGACCGCGUUUGACGACAGUUUCUUUUAUAACAACGACCCAGAGUCGAUGAACAAUCGCAUUAAAACCCGUAUAGAAAAAAAGAGGCUCAGUUGGCCUGAAUGCGUACAGCAACUCAAGGAAAUGUCAGAGGAACAAGAAAGAAACAUCAACCGGGCACUAAUAAACGAGGGUCCUUAUAGGUUUCGUCCUGAAUGUCGACGACUGAUAAUACCAGCAGAAAAGUGGCUAGGAAUGUCAAAAGAACAAAAGGAGAGAAAGUUGAAAGAAUUCCAGAAGAUUCCGUUGUCGAAAGCGUUUGGAGUUAGUACCUCCGCUACCAUUUCCUCCACUUCUUCAAUACUAGAGGCAGCAACAGAAAAAAAGCCUUCUUCUGGCAAGAAACCGGGGCAGAGUGGAAGACGUGGUGGACGACGAAGCCUGUCUUCUCCCAGGGACACAACUGGAUUCCGACCAAGAAUAACAGUUACUGAAGAGCAUUCCUCGGGCGCCAGGGACACAAGUGAGUUCCAGCCAAGGGAAACAGCCAGCGACUUGCAGUCAUCUAUGCCUACAGAUACGAGUGGGUCCCACGAGCCUAA